GGUAGCAAGUAACAACCAAGGAGUUUAUCAAGUUGAUUUAUUUCGAUAUCAACAUCUUAUAAUUAUUUUCUCAAAGUUUGAACAAUUUCCUAGCUAUUAUCAAGCCCACCUCAUAUGAGAGAAUUUACACAUUACUUCUUUGCUGGCAGUUUAUGCUGAAUUCAACAUAAGGAUCAAGGGUUGGAUCUUCGUAAACACUCUUCACUAUGCGUUUAAAAGACCUCAGACCGUCUGCGGCCCUUAUUGCGACCUUUCUCGUCGCUCCCGAACCAUCUUCAGCUUUCUACCUUCCUGGUGUUGCGCCGACAUCAUACUCACCCGGCGCCAAAGUUCCCUUAUUUGUGAAUCGACUUACACCUGUUGGUUCUUAUGAUGAUGGCCAAUUAAGAUCAGUAGUGUCUUUCGAUUACUAUCACCCGGCCUUCCAUUUCUGCAGACCAGAUCCAAAACCAGAAUAUGUCUCGGAAAGUUUGGGUAGUAUUCUUUUCGGCGAUCGCAUCAUGACUUCGCCCUUCAACCUGAAGAUGGGAGUUAACGAGACAUGUACACAACUUUGCGAAGAGAAGAAGUUUGAUCAGAGCUCGGCACAUUUUGUGAACAGAAGGAUACAGCAGGGGUUUGCGCUCAAUUGGUUGGUUGAUGGCUUACCAGCAGGUCAGUUGAUUGAGGAUGAAAUUACACAAACGAGGUUCUAUAGUCAAGGAUUCGCAUUGGGGAGUAGCGAUCAGAAGGACAUGCACUUGAACAAUCAUUAUGAUAUCUUUAUCGACUACCAUGAGGUAUCUGCUGGUCAAAUGAGAGUUGUUGGUGUCAUUGUUCAGCCUUCCUCGAGGACAAUGAAUGAAAAUCCAGGGGACCCAGAAUGCGGUGCUGGAGGACCAAAAGUAGUCCUUUCAGAAUCUGGAGAGACAGCCGUCACGUAUUCGUAUAGUGUCUGGUGGCAACCAUCCACAACGGCUUGGGCUACCAGAUGGGAUAAAUACCUUCAUGUUUUUGAUCCCAAAAUUCAUUGGUUCUCUCUGAUUAACUCGGCUGUCAUUGUGGUAUUUCUCGUCAUCACAGUCCUUUCGAUUCUUAUGCGAACUUUGAGAAAAGAUAUCCAGAGAUAUAAUAGACUCGAUUCGAUCAACCUUGAUGACUUAUCAGGAACAUCUGUUGCUGUCGAGGACGGAGUCCAAGAAGAUUCUGGAUGGAAAUUGGUACAUGGAGAUGUGUUCCGUACACCAGGACGUCCAUUGAUUUUGAGUGUAUUUCUCGGCAAUGGAGCUCAAUUGUUUGUUAUGACGGGCUUCACAAUUGCCUUUGCACUUUUGGGAUUCCUUUCACCAUCCAAUCGUGGAUCUCUCGGUACUAUUAUGAUCCUUCUGUAUACUGUACUCGGUUUUAUCGGAGGAUAUACUUCAGCCCGCGUAUACAAGUCUUUUGGUGGUGAACAAUGGAAGCUCAACAUUGCUUUAACUCCAACGCUCGUUCCGGGUAUCGUCUUUAGCACAUUUUUCCUUCUUAACCUAUUUCUUUGGGCCAAGGAAUCCUCUGGAGCAGUACCGUUCACAACAAUGCUCGUCAUCGUUGCUAUAUGGUUCUUCUUCUCCUUGCCUUUAUCAUUUGCCGGAAGUUGGGUUGGGUUCCGUCAACCACCUAUCGCAUCUCCAGUCCGCACCAACCAAAUACCACGUCAAAUUCCUCCUUCCACAUCGUACAUGCGUCCAAUUCCAUCCAUGCUUCUCGUGGGUAUCUUGCCAUUUGGGGCAAUCUUUGUUGAACUUUACUUCAUCAUGUCUUCCAUUUGGUUCUCAAAGGUUUACUACAUGUUCGGCUUCCUCUUUUUAUGUUACGGUCUCAUGAUCAUUACCUGCGCCGCUGUCACUGUUCUUAUGAUAUAUUUCUUACUUUGUAGCGAAAAUUAUCACUGGCAUUGGAGAGCAUUUAUGACGGCUGGUGCCAGCGCUGGUUAUGUGUUUGCAAAUGCCAUGAUCUACUGGGUGACAAAGCUACAACUUGGUGGCUUGGCUGGUAGUGUACUUUACAUUGGGUAUAGUGCAUUAAUCUCGUUUUUGUUUUUCAUCCUUACUGGUUCAAUCGGAUAUUUCGCUUGUUGGGCUUUUGUUCAAAAGAUUUAUGGAUCUAUUAAAAUCGAUUAGGGUGUGAUUUGGUUGGGUCACAACGUCCCUCCAUAAGAUCAUGACAUGUUCGAUUAUGUGAGAUUGCGGGCACGCUGGAAGGGUUUCAGAGCAAGGCAAGUCGUCUAUGUACCAUAAAGCUGGAUUUUUCUUGAUUUCGGUGGUAUCUUCAAUUCAAUCCGUGUGAUGCGAUGAUUAAAAUAUUUAUAGCGACGGCGGUCCAAAGAGGCAUGGUGAGGUGCAAAGGCGUUUGAUUAGGGUGGGAUGUAUUAGUACACAGUGAAAAUGAAUUAUUACUUUAUUGUGUCA